UGAAACCUUGCGAUUUUCCAGAAAUAAAAAACGGAGGUCUAUAUGGUGCAGAGACACGCAGACCUUACUUCCCAGUACCUAUAGGAAAGCAGUUCGAUUAUUACUGCAACAGGGGAUUUGUGGCUCCUUCAGGGACGAACUGGGACUACAUCCACUGCACUGCACAAGGAUGGAAGCCUGAAAUUCCAUGCCGCAGGCAAUGUAGUUUCCCAUAUGUGGAGCAUGGGAAACUUUUAGAAUGGAAAGGAAGCUAUCUACAGGACCAGUCUUUAAAAGUCAAGUGUCACUCUGGCUACAGUCUUCCAAAUGGUCAGGACACAAUUAUGUGUACAGAGAAUGGUUGGUCUCCUCAACCCACAUGCAUCCGUGUCAGUAAGUAACCAGCUCUGAGAUCACAAGAUGCUCUUUGGCUCCCUGUACCAUCUAUAUUAAUUGUGGCAAAAUGCUUCUUUUCAAGCAUAUAUAAGUGAAUACUGAAGAUUCUCUGUAAGUAUAUUGCAAAGUAAACACACCUAACAGACAUUAGGCCACAAAACAACAAAACAUUUAGUGACUUUCAUUUAAUUCAUAGUAGCAUAUGCUUUGAAACUACUUUGUCAUUUGACUCACAGCAAUUAUAAAAGUAUAGCUGAAAAUUAAACAAAUAUGAUAAUAGCUACUCACAUCAUUCAUAUAUUCAAGUAGUAACAUGACAUUUUGAAGAUCUGCUAAUUGUCUCUGUAUCCUUUGUUAUAUGUAACUGGAAAGGACAUUUUCAGAUAUUGGGUAUUGUCCAGUUUCCAUGUUUUUUCUCCAAUCUUUGUGCUAAUAUAUGUUUGUAUUGGUGGUCACUUCAUGUCCUAUGUUCUUGUAAAUGACUUUGUGAUGUCAUACUUUAUUUUCACAAUAAAUGUUAUAAAAUGGUAAACAUAA